GACCAAUGGGACGCCUUGCUGGGGAGGGCAGGCUCCGGGCCUGACAUCCCGGUAGCCCGCUUGGUUUUUCCGGCCCCCUCGCCCCCCUCCGCGCGUAGCGGAGCCCCCCCAGGCGCGCGGGGAUCACCCCGGAGCAGCUGCGUUCCUAGGGUGGUCACCUAAGCCCUUCUGUGGCUUCCUCUGCCCACGCUCAGCUAUGGCCAGCGAGAGCUCCCCUCUGCUGGCCUACAGGCUUCUGGGGGAAGAGGGGGGCGCCUUCCCUCCCACUGGAGCCGGGGGAUCUGGGGUGCCGUCAGCCCGAAAGCUCUCCACCUUCCUGGGUGUGGUGGUGCCCACCGUCCUGUCCAUGUUUAGUAUCGUCGUGUUUCUGAGGAUCGGCUUCGUGGUGGGCCACGCUGGGCUGCUGCAGGCCUUGGCCAUGCUCCUGGUUGCCUACAUCAUUCUGGCACUCACGGUCCUCUCAGUCUGUGCCAUUGCCACCAAUGGAGCGGUGAGAGGGGGCGGAGCCUACUUCAUGAUCAGCAGGACCCUGGGGCCGGAGGUUGGCGGCAGCAUCGGCCUCAUGUUCUACCUGGCCAACGUCUGUGGCUGUGCUGUGUCCCUGCUGGGACUGGUGGAGUCGGUGCUGGAUGUCUUCGGGGCUGACGUCACAGGCGCCAGCGGGAUCCGGGUUCUACCCCAGGGUUACGGCUGGAAUCUGCUCUACGGCUCCCUGCUGCUCGGCCUCGUGGGUGGCGUGUGCACACUGGGAGCUGGACUCUACGCCCGUGCCUCCUUCCUUACCUUCCUGCUGGUCUCUGGCUCCCUGGCCUCCGUGCUGGUCAGCUUUGUGGCCAUGAAACCCAAGGACAUCCAGUUGGCGCCCCGACCAGGCACCAACGGCUCCUCUGUGCCACCCCGUUAUGGCCACUUCACUGGUUUCAACGGCAGCACCCUGAAGGACAACUUGGGUGCUGGUUAUGCUGAGGACUACACCACGGGCGCCAUGAUGACCUUUGCUAGUGUCUUUGCGGUCCUCUUCAACGGCUGCACCGGCAUCAUGGCUGGGGCCAACAUGUCAGGGGAGCUGAAGGACCCCAGCCGGGCGAUUCCACUGGGCACCAUCAUCGCUGUGGCCUAUACCUUCUUCAUCUACAUCCUCCUCUUCUUCCUCUCCAGCUUCACUUGUGACAGGACCCUGCUUCAGGAAGACUAUGGGUUCUUCCGUGGCAUCAGCUUGUGGCCCCCACUCGUGUUGAUCGGCAUCUACGCCACGGCACUCUCGGCCUCCAUGAGCUCUCUCAUCGGCGCCUCCCGAAUCCUGCAUGCCCUGGCCCAGGAUGACCUCUUCGGAGUCAUCUUGGCACCGGCCAAGGUAGUCUCUGGAGGGGGUAACCCCUGGGGUGCUGUCCUGUAUUCCUGGGGCCUGGUGCAGGUAAGUCUUCCUUUCAGCCACGCUGGCUAUUGUACCUUCGGGAUGAAUUCAGGUCAUAGGGGAGCAGGAACGUUUUUAUCCACUGAGCUCUGGACGGUCUUGGCUACUUUUGAUAAUGCUUACCUCUUCGGUCCUUCCGCUGGAUGUGCUGGCUGGGAGCUUAACACGCUGUUUGCCAUGGUCCGUCUUUACUGGUGGACUAUGCGCGGGACUGUCUUUCCUGAGUUGAGUGGCUUCCGCCCCAUUCCCCGGCGGGUGGGUCCCUUCUCUCAUAGGCUCUUUGCCGCUCUUUCCGGCUGCGAGCAGACAGUGUGGGCUCGUCAGCAAGCUGUUUACAUGUUGCGGAUUGGAAGGCGGUGGAGCCGUUUGGGAAGCUCCUGUCUCCACCCGGUUUAUGUGUUCUCCCACUUCCCUGCUUUCCAGGUGCGAGUAUAUGCUCCGCUGGAGUCGCAAGGGCAUUCCCCUGAGUGUGCGGUCAGGAGUCUCUGCCUGACCCCACCUUCUCCCUUUACUUUCUCUGCAGACUCUCUACCCUCAGACCCGGUACAGCCGCAGUAUGGCGCGUGGCUGAGCCUGGUGGACCUUGCCCAAGUGAAGGCCUUUGUGGACCUCACUCUGUCACCCUCUGUGCGCCAGGGCGCUCAGCAUCUACUGCGGAUCUCUGGCCUCGGCGGCAUGAAGCCCAACACGUUGGUGCUCGGUUUCUACGAUGACGCCCCACCCCAGGACCAUUUCCUAACAGACCCUGCCUUCUCCGAGCCUGCAGAGGGCACCCGAGAGGGCGGGUCGCCGGCCCUGAGCACGCUGUUCCCUCCACCUCGGGCUCCUGGGAGCCCCCGGGCUCUCAGUCCCCAGGACUACGUGGCCACGGUGGCAGAUGCUCUCAAGAUGAACAAGAAUGUGGUCCUCGCCCGGGCUUGUGGGGCUCUGCCCCCGGAGCGGCUAAGCCGGGUCGGGAGCAGCGCUCAGCUCCAUCACGUGGACGUGUGGCCCUUGAACCUGCUGCGGCCCCGGGGUGGGCCCGGCUACGUGGACGUCUGUGGCCUUUUCCUGCUGCAGAUGGCUACCAUCUUAAGCAUGGUGCCCGCCUGGCACAGUGCCCGGCUCCGGAUCUUCCUGUGCUUGGGGCCUAGGGAGGCUCCUGGGGCAGCGGAGGGACGGCUCCGGGCUCUGUUGAGUCAACUCAGGAUCCGGGCAGAGGUGCAAGAGGUGCCGUGGGGUGAAGGAGCCGAGACCGGGGAGCCCGAGGAGGAGGAAGGGGACUUUGUGAACGGUGGUCGAGGAGAUGAAGAGGCCGAGGCUCUGGCUUGCAGCGCCAACGCCCUGGUGCGUGCCCAGCAGGGCCGAGGCACAGGAGGAGGCGGCCCUGGGGGCCCUGAAGGAAGGGAUGGGGAGGAGGGGCCCACCACAGCCCUUACCUUCCUCUACCUGCCUCGACCGCCUGCCGAUCCCGCCCGCUACCCCAGAUACCUGGCGCUGCUGGAAGUCCUGAGCCGUGACCUGGGUCCCACCCUUCUUGUUCAUGGCGUCACUCCGGUCACCUGUACUGAUCUCUGAUGCCUGCUCACACAGCGUUGGAUGGAUGGAGAGGGCCCAGGCCCGUUCUGAACAAUGGACCCCCUCCCCCAUGGACCCUGCCCUUCGGAUGAUGUUUUGAGGGGACCAUGGUCUCCUCUGCAUGGGGGGACACAGUACACUAAUUCCGGGUGGCUGUCCCCAUUGUACAGGGGAGGACAUCGCGGCCCUGUCCCUGGCCUGCCUCCGCUUCCUUCACUGGUGCCUUGACCAGAGGGGCUGGUCUCUUCUGUGACUCUAGGCUACCUCAGUGUCCCCAUCCUGGCCACAGACGCACCGCCUCCCUCUCCCCGACGUCCUUGGGUGGCGAUGUUUGUGUUUUGUUUUAUUUUUCUAACUACUGACCAUUAAUAAAAGACCAAAACACUA